AUGCCUCGCAGAUCGAACCGUGGAUCUGAAAAGCAGGCGAGGAUAGCCAAAUCAGAUACGAUUAGGUCGGUCCCGACUAUCGCUGUUACUCCCACGGUCAAAGUCGAAACACGCGAGCCUGUCGCUGAAGGGGAUACCUCGAUGCCAAAAUCAAGGUCCAUAAGGAAGAAGAAAAUCAAAACCGAGAGUGACUUAGAGAAGCAGACGAUUAAGACACCUCUUACAUCUCCCGAGGAAAUCAAAACGAAUAGAGUAAAAGCAGAGGCAAUCCUGGGGGAACAGCAAGCGACCUUGCUCAAGGGGGCAUCGAAGAAGCGCAAGGCGACGACUAAGGGCGAGAGCGGGGAAGAGGCCCCAGAUGAUAUAGUGCCUAAGAAAAAGCGGAAUAACAGGAAAAAGAAGGAAGAGGAAGUCGUCAUGCCCCUCGCUGAGAGGAGUGUGGUUGGAAUAUUGAAGAAGUCGAUGUACAUUGGAUCGCACACCAGUGCUGCUAAAGGGGUCCAUAACUCCAUCGAUAACGCACUCCACGUCGGUGCCAACUCCUUUGCAUUGUUCCUCCAAUCUCAACGAAAAUGGGUAAACCCCCCUCUGGCUCCGGAGGCACGCGACCAGUUCAGGGCAUUUUGCUUGGAGCACAAAUACGAUGCAGCAAAACACAUCCUUCCCCAUGGGUCGUAUCUUGUGAAUCUCGCUGAGCUCGACGCCGUCAAGGCAGAGAGAUCCUACACCGCAUUUCUAAACGAUCUCCAGCGGUGCGAAGACCUUGGUAUCAAACUAUACAAUUUCCACCCAGGAAACACAGGAAAACGGCCGCGGCCCGAGGCAAUUGCACGACUUGCAGCACAACUCAACAAGGCACACAAGGCAACGAGCACUGUGAUCACAGUCUUGGAAAGCAUGGCCGGCGGGGGCAAUGUUAUUGGCUCGACAUGGGAGGAUCUCCGCGACAUUAUUGCCCUAGUUGAUGACAAGUCGCGUGUUGGUAUCUGUAUCGACACCUGCCACUCCUUUGCACAUGGCUAUGAUCUAAGAUCGCCCGAGGCCUUUCGGAAGACCAUGGACGGCUUUGCAUCGACCGUCGGCAUGCAAUAUCUCAAGGCGCUGCACUUGAACGACAGCAAAGCCCCUUUUUUGUCUAAGCGAGAUGCCCAUGCAAAUAUUGGGACUGGAUUUCUGGGGUUGAGAGCAUUUCACAAUGUCGUCAAUUUUGACGCGUUCCAACAUCUGCCGAUGGUACUUGAAACCCCGGUUGGAGAGAGUCCUGAUGGCAAAGUCAAAGAUUGGGGGACACGAGCCAAAGAGAUCAAAUUGCUGGAGGGGCUUAUUGGCCUUGAUCCAGAAACAGAUGAGUUCAUAAAAGAGGAGCAACGCUUACAAGAUAUCGGAGCAGCAGACAGGAAAAAGUUCCAGGAGGUAUGGGACAGGAACCAGCAGAAAGCUUCCAAGAAGAAAAAGAUUCAGGUGGAGGACAGCGACGGCGACGAUUCCGACGCAAGUUGUAAGAGUUGUGAUCAUUGA